AUGGAAAUUCGGGACAUGAAGGAGCUCGACUGGCCGAAUCCCAUGACAGCCUCCGGUAACAAGAGAGACAAUAGUAGGUAUUAUCAGUUCCAUAGGGAUCAUGGGCAUGAUAUGGAGGAAUGUAUCCACUUGGAGGAAGAGAUUGAGUGCUUAUUGAAACAGGGGCUUCUGACUAAGGCCGGAGUAAUAAAUGUGAUAGUUGGAGGGAUUGCAGUAGGCGGAGACUCAAAUUCAGCUAGGAAGGGCUAUGCCCUCACUGUUAGGGUUUGCUCCAUCCAGGAGAAGGCCAGGUUUCACCAAAAUAUCAUUUUCAAUGAAGAAGAUCUUAUUGGUGUGGCAACGUCCCACAACGAUACUUUGAUGAUCGUUGAUGAUAUAGCGAAUUUUGACGUAAAAAGGGUGUUGGUCGAUGGUGGUAGUGCGGCAAACAUCCUCACUUGGGAAGCAUUUGUGGGAUUGAAAUUUUUUCCUAAAAAAUUGAAAGUUGUGUCCACUACUCUCCAAGGAUUCGAAUGA